ACGUUGUUUUGGCCCGACAACCUCCCAAAUACUGCGAGCAACCACAUCCGAUCCAAUCCCGUCAGCACAGCCCGGCAAUCUCCCCCAGUCGACCGAUACCGUCUCACAACGGAAUUGGGCAGAGAAGGCGAGAGAGAUGGAGGGGAUCUCGAGCCACACCGGGCUUGACGAGCUACCGUCGGCGGUUCUGGCCACGAUCAUGGCGAAGCUCGACGUGUCGUCGAUAUGCUCGGUCCGAUCCACAUGCAAGGCCUUCAGAGCAUGCGCUUCUCAUGUCCUGUCUUUCCUCCCGAGCUUCCAUCUCCUGGAUAUCGCACCUUCGGUCGAUCUGUUGAGGCCGCUGUUGCUGCCGAACCCCUACAUGAGAAGCUUGAAGGUGGACUGCGAUCGGCUGAAUGAUUCGUCCAUCAGUGUCUUGCUCCGUCCUUUGUUGCAUGAGCUUUCUCUCAACAAUUGCGCGGACUUCACUGGAAAAUUGCUUUCGGAGAUUGGAUCUCGAUGCCAGGACCUAAAGUAUCUGUACUUGGGAUCUGUAUCCGAGAAAAGGGGGCGAGCUCUUCACGUGUCAGAUCUUGAGGAACUACUGAGUGGUUGUACUCGGUUAGAAGCAUUAUUCCUCAUGUUUGACGUCUCCAUCUUUAUUCGUCACAACUUUGCUCGGAUAUGGACUUUGGCUUCAAGAAAUCUCACUACACUCGAGAUAGGUUACAUAUCUUCUGUGAUGGUCACUGAGAUGCUGACUACUAAUUUGGAGUUACAACAACCACAUAUUCAACCACCAGUCUUUCCGAAGAUCCAGAAGUUGAGCCUCUCGGUGGAUUAUAUCACUGAUGCAAUGGUUGGAACGAUAUCUAAAGGCCUCGUGUCUUUAACUCAUCUGGAUCUCCGAGAUGCACCAAUAAUAGAGCCAAGACUUACAUUCGAUCUCACCAACUCUGGCCUACAACACAUAAAUCCGCAUGGAAAAUUGAAACACCUUUCACUAGUGCGGAGCCAGGAGUUUCUUGUCACCUAUUUCAAACGAGUCAAUGACCUUGGCAUCCUCUUAAUGGCUGAUAGGUGUGCAAACAUGGAGAGUAUAUUUCUUGGCGGCUUUUGUCGGGUUACAGACUCGGGUUUCCGAACAAUCUUGCACUCAUGCUCUAGCCUUUACAAGCUUAGGGUCUUUCAUGGGACUUUCUUAACAGAUCUGGUCUUUCAUGACAUUCGUGCCACUUCACUCUCACUGACGCAUGUCAGCUUAAGAUGGUGUAAUCUUCUUACGAAUCUCUCUGUGAAGAACUUGGCCUCGAACGUGGAUCUUCAAGUUCUUGAUUUAAGAGACUGUAAGCAUCUUGGGGAUGGAGCCCUUCGUGCAAUUGGGACUCUUUCAAAACUGAAAGUCCUACAGUUGGAUGGCUCUGAUAUUACUGACAUGGGACUUUCAUACUUGAGAUGGAGAGUGAUUGGGUCCCUUACUUCACUGUCCCUUAGAGGGUGCAAGAGACUCACCGAUAAGGGCGUCUCAGUCUUAUUCGAUGGCUCUUCUAAUUUAGAGCUUCAAGAACUCGACUUAUCUAACAUCCCAAACCUCUCUGACAACGGAAUAUUGUCUCUGGCCAAAAGUCAUGCCCCAAUUCGAGAACUUCGAAUGAGGCAGUGUCCCUUAAUUGGAGACACUUCUGUGAUGGCAUUAGCCUCGAUGCAGGUCGGUGAGGAGGAAGGGUGGCAAGGGAGUAGCCUGAGGUUGCUUGACCUUUACAACUGUGGUGGCCUUACGCAGCUGUCAUUUAGGUGGUUGAAGAGGCCUUAUUUCCCAAGGCUGAGGUGGUUGGGAGUGACAGGUUGUAUUAAUAGGGACAUGGUAGAUGCUUUAGCAAGGAGUAGGCCGUUAUUGCAUGUGGCAUGCCAUGGGGAGGAGCUGGGGACAGACCCGUGGAAUAACAUGGAUGAAAUAUACGUGCAUGAUGAUGAUGAGGUGGAUGAGUUCGAGCAAUGGCUUCUGGAAGGACGAGGUGAUGAUGAUGAUGAUGAGGAUGAUGACGGUGAUGAAGAUGAUAAUGAUGGAGGGGGUAAUGGCCACGGCCCUGACCACGAUGAGGUGAUGAAUGAUGCAGAGAAUGCAGAGGCGAUGGUCGAGUGAUUUAUUUAGUGGCUUGUAGGAGGACCGGAGAGCGAUGGUCGUCGUGAACCUGAGUAAGAUGAAAUGAUUAAAUGAUCACUGUGAAUCUAUGCCUUGGGUGUCUUCUCUGAUUGAAUUAAAUGACUGGGUCAUAUCCCCUAUGCAUGAUGAGGUGGGUAGGAGAUGGUGCUUUGUGACAAUGAUUACGACGGACUUGGGCAUGAGCAUGUUGGAGUAAGCAACGAUUAGGCCAACAAUUAUGCACACUGCACAGCAAGGUGGAGUGACUUUUCCGAUGUUCUGUAAAUUUAUGGUAAACAUGUCCAUGACUUAAAGAGUCGUAGCUGUUAUGAAUUUCUGACUUUGAUGUUGUAAGUAGCUCUUGUGAUUGCAUUUGGAAGAUAUGUGUAAGGACCAUUCAUUGGUUCACUUUUCUGAUACUUCCUGCUACUAUAUAUGCCUCGGCCAGUCUUUUCUUUCC